AUGGCUCACAAAGUAAAAAUGUGGAUCCCCGUGAUCCUUGCAAUUGGAUGGUCACUUUAUUUAAACGAAUGGACUCGAUCAAUCACCGGUAAAUUAAUGUACGGUGAUUAUAUUGGAGCAUAUAAAUUGUAUAUGGGUGAUACGGAUAAAUUAUUUAGUAAAAGUGAAUUAGAGAAAUUUAAUUCUCCGGAGAGUGGUUUGUACUUGUCAAUUUUGGGACAAGUUUUUGACGUUUCUAAAGGAGAACAAUAUUACGGCAAAGGGAAUACUUAUCAUGCAUUCAUAGGACGUGAUGCAUCGCUAGCCUUUAUUACUGGAGACUUUAGUGAUAAAGGAUUGACUGAUGACCUGUCAAGUUUGACAAACAAGCAAGCUAAGGCAUUGGACAAUUGGUUAAAGUCUUACCAUGAGAAAUAUUUAUUUAAAGGUAAACUGGUCGGUAGAUUUUACGAUCAGUAUGCAGCGGAAACACCAGAGUACCAUAAAUUCUUGGCGAAGGUCUUGAAAGCCGAAGCUGAGGAAUCGGAAAAAGACAAAGUCAAUAAAAUAUUUCCUCCUUGUAAUGUCGAGUGGAAUCCCGAAGAAGGGACCAAGUUUUGGUGUACCAAUCAAAGUGGAGGAAUACCAAGAGAAUGGAUUGGAGUACCAAGGCAGUAUUACGAGAAUCCAUCUUCCCCACAAAAUAGGUGUACUUGUGUCGAUUUGAAAGGCCAAGAUUAUCUAAACAAUAAAUCCAACUUCCAAGAGUACAAAGACUGUGCUAAAGACGCUCCUGUGUGUUAUGUUAAAAAUUAA